AUGGCGGCUAGUCCGUCAGAUGGUCCGGCAAACCCCCGGCGGGGCACCUACACGUGUGGCAGGGAUACAGAACCGACCCCUGCCGCCACUACCUGUGGACGAUUCGCUUUAAGUACCGCAGAAAUAUUAUUGGAAGACAGGAACGUGGAUGGAGGAACGGCCAUGUCGUCUCCCCCAUAUGCCAACGAUAACAAGUCGGGGAGAAUCCCUCUUCCCUCCGUAAAGUUCACGAAGAUGCCUCCGGCUCAUCGGCCUCAUCGCCCCGGACAGAGCGAUGGAAGAAGGGAGAGCGGGUACGACAAUCUUCAGAAACAAGCCCACCAACACGUACCAUUAAAUCCGGUGUAUAACGCAUCAACAGACGAGGAAACUGUGCCCAAGAACCCGAGAUCAGGAAGAACCACCGGCGGGGACCGACCUGAGACGGCCGGCACACACCAUUACACACUUCGGAACAGCGCCCGACGGCCUGCCCCCUCCAUCCCGAGGACAGGAAGAACCACCGACAGGGCCCGACCUGAGACGGCCGGCACACACCAUUACACACUUCGGAACAGCGCCCGACGGCCUGCCCCCUCCAUCCCGAGGACAGGAAGAACCACCGACAGGACCCGACCUGAGACGGCCGGCACACACCAUUACACACUUCCGAACAGCGCCCGGCGGCCUGUCCCCUCCAUCCCGAGGCCUGCCAGAGCGCACGACGGGUCAUUGAGCGAUGCACCGAAUGAAGGACGUUCCAUCUGGGAACGACUAAGGAACCACGGCCAAAGAGUCGCCAUGUUUAUCAUCAUCAUCAUAGGGUCCGUUGUCAUGGUAACGCUGAUGGUACAUGUGAUUCUGGUUCACACCGGCUCUCAACCGUCUCACCAUAACCAUCCUGUGACAACCAAUCGAGGGACCGGCACCACGGACUCUACUGCGCAUGCUUGGCAAAGUUCUGCUGUGCUGAGGACAGUGACGUCGGCUUACGUCAUCUUGGUUGAUCCGGCCCGUCGGCGUGGUCCUCCUGACUCAGUCCUUGCUGGAGUGGAAACAUCAGGACCUACACAAAUCAGCAGGACGCUUCCCGUGGACACUAAAGAAGUGUCUGGUGGUGGAAGCAGCAUCAGCUUUGAUUUUGAGUCGGGGGCUGGAAAACUGCAGGGCGCAAAUGGAGUCGCAGUUUCCGCCGACAACAAGAUCUGGGUGGCUGACCGGCCCAAGGCGUGCCUCCAGGUGUACAGCAUGGCAGGCACUUACCUACACCAGUUCCCCAAAGGUGCACCGGGGAUAGGUUACCCAUUAAACAAGACGCCAGUUGAUGUGUCCAUCGACAGAGAUGGCCACCUGUGGGUCUUGAUGCAUGGGUACCCUAAAAGCCCUGAUACCGUGGCACAGUUCACCAGGAAAGGUCAUCUCAAAGCCAAGUUUGACCUUCCCGACACUGUACCACGGGGGGCAAACCGCGGAAUGGCUGUGGGCUUGCGCAACAACCACGUUUUCGUCACCUGGUCUGACGGUUACAAUGGUGGUGUGCAAGCCUUCCAGCCGAAUGGUAAACUCCUCUGGGAUGGCCAGCGGCGGAUGCAGAGGCCGAUGUACGUCGCCGUUAACGAAGAAGGGAACGUCUUCGUCUCCGACUACAACACCCACUACAUCUACAUGUACGACGCCGCUGGACAAUACGUGUUAAGGUUUGGAGGACCGGGGCUGAGUGGUAGUGACCUGAAUUAUCCUCGAGGCAUCUGUGUGGACAAGUCCGGUCAUAUUGUGGUAGCGGACUCAGACAACCAGCGCGUGGUGGUGUACACAAGCCGGGGUGACUAUGUCCGCCACAUCGCUAUCCGUGCUUUACACCUGAGAGAUGUUGCAGUGGGACCGGGAGGACAGUUGGUUGUGCUGAAUUUUAACAAAAUCACUGUCCUCCCCUUCUACUUAUAA